CUUUAGGAAGCGGAGUUUCAAGAAUUGGUUCCAAUCGAAGGAAGGUUUUGUGAAAAUGUUGCCUAAGUUCACAAAACGUGCACUAAAUCUCUUCCGUGGGAUAGAAAACUACAGAUUCUCGUUGUAUGAGAUGGAGCCAAACAUUUUCCUUGUACCUCUCCACUUGGAUGCCGAUUCCAUGGUGAUAAUACUACAAGGUCAAGGAGUGGCUGAGUUUGUGACGGCUAAAACAAAAGAAUUAUUUCACAUAACCAAAGGUGAUGUGGUGAGACUCCCUUCCGGCAUCACGCACUUUGCCAUCAACACUAACCAGACCGUUCCUCUUCGCUUCGCCAAGAUCACCAUCCCCGUCAACAACCCCGGCCAGUUCCAGAAUUACUUCUCUGCUCCAUCCCAGUUUCAGCAAUCCUAUUUCACAGGGUUCAGCAAAGAAGUCCUCUCUACCAGUUUCAGCACGGUUGACCGCAUAUGCAAUGUCAAGGCGGGUGAAUGCGAGGUACUAAAGACUGCCAACAAGCUUUCUGUAAGUCGAUGGAUCGGAGAGAGUGUUACCGGUGGUGAGAGUGAGCUUUGA